UAAAACCACAAAGGGGAAGGGUUUAAGGAACAGUCCACUACCGCCUCGUUCAAUACCUCAAAGAGUCGCAAAACUCCCAUAUUCACUGCUUCCUCUUCAUCUUCGUCUCAUGCCACACUGCGAGCUCUGCUUCAUUCUUGCCAUCUAGUUCGGUGCAUAUGUUCAAUUUCUCACAUGGGUUGUUCUCAAUUCUGCUUUGCUUCUCCGUCUAUAACUUCUCUUUUAAUUGUCUUUUCCACGAUUUUUGGUCUUUCUCUCUUCAGGGUCAAUGAAAAUUCCCAAAUUUGGCACUUGGGUAAGUCUUAUUUGUGCUUUUCUUCACCACCUAUACCUUUUCUUCUCUAAGACUCAUGCUAUUUCUCGGUUCUGGGUGUCUGAAAACUCCCAAUUUUGGGAUUCUCAAAAUGCUAAUUUUUGUCUUGAGAACACUUCGUUCCCUUGUACUCACAUAGCAGAAAUCGCAAAUGAUUAAGAGAAGGCCUAGUGCUUAUUAUUAUUACUGUUUCUUCAGAAAUAGAAGAGAAAUUACAACCUGUUCUUUACCACUAGACCCACCAAAUGCUUCGAUCUCAUCUCUUACCAAUGACCACAAAUCUCUCUGCCUCUCCUUAGCGGAGCAACUCAUUCAACGCGGCUUGUUAUCCUCGGCACAGCAAGUGGUUCAGCGAAUUAUCUCACAUUCUUCCUCAGCUUCCGAUGCUAUUUCCAUAGUUCAUUUCGCUGAGGUACGGGGCUUGGACAUUGAUUUGGGUAGCUAUGGAGCAGUCAUUAGGAAGCUGAUGAGUUUGGGUCAGCUCCAGUUGGCUGAGGUGCUUUUCCUUGAUAGAAUUGUUGGCAGAGGUUUUGUUGAGAAUGCUGAAGACAGGUUGUGAGCCCGAUAAUUACACAUGUAAUACAUUGAUUCAUGGUUUUGUGAAAUUAGGUUUGUUUGAUAAGGGGUGGGUGGUUUACAACCAGAUGGCGGAGUGGGGAAUGC